CGGAAGUAAACCGCUGUCUGUUUUCGCACGUGCACGCGGAGAAUCGUUGGAGACCAGCAGCGGCCCACAGCUGAUCCAGACCCGGUCCAGACCCGGUCCAGACCCGGUCCGUCACUCCCUAUCCGUCAUGCUGGAGCAGGUGGAUCUGGUCGGGACCAUCCCGGAGGACUACCAGAGUCCGGAGGAACCCGACAGCGAGUCCGAGCAGGAGGAUCAGCCCAUCGUCCUGAACAGGAAGAGGAAGUUCGGCGCUCGCAGGUCGAAUGAUUUUAACUUGGACUUUAAGUUUGGAGACGGAGCGAAGACGGAGGAGGAAGAGGAGGACUGGGCCAUGGCCGACGUGAUGAAGCAGCUCAAGAACAAGAGAACCGUGACGACCCUGGACCAGAAGAUAGAGCAGAUCAGAAAGAGGAGGAGAGCCCAGGAGAAAGGAUCUCAGGGUGUGGACGGAGCAGCAGGGAAGAAGGACGAUGAAGAUUCUGAUGUUAAACCUGAGGAGGAAGAGGAGGAUGAGGAGGAUGAAGAGGAGGCGGAGUUUGGCUCCAGUGACGAAGAGAUUCUGACCCAAUCAGACACACUGAGAGAGAAGGAGCGGCGCGGGAGGAAGAGGAGGGACGAAGAGGAGGCCGCCGUGUCGUUUUCUGAAGAUGCCUCCCAGUUUGAUGAUCAGCUGACUUUUGACCAGAUGAACCUGUCCAGACCCAUCCUGAAGGCCGUCUCCGCUCUGGGGUUCCAGCAGCCCACUCCGAUCCAGAAGGCCUGUGUCCCGGUGGGUCUGCUGGGCCGGGACCUCUGCGCCUGUGCUGCUACCGGGACAGGGAAGACGGCGGCCUUCAUGCUCCCGGUCCUGGAGCGUCUGAUCUAUAAGCCCCGGGCGCUGCAGGUGACCCGGGUCUUGGUGCUGGUUCCGACCCGGGAGCUGGGGAUCCAGGUCCACUCUGUGGCCCGGCAGCUGGCCCAGUUCACCUCCGUCACCACCUGCCUGGCCGUCGGCGGUCUGGACCUGAAGUCCCAGGAGGCGGCGCUCCGAGCCGGACCGGAUGUCCUGAUCGCCACUCCGGGCCGCCUGAUAGACCACCUCCACAACACCCCCAGCUUCCAGCUGGCCCACAUCGAGAUCCUGAUCCUGGACGAGGCCGACAGGAUGUUGGACGAGUACUUCGAGGAGCAGAUGAAGGAGAUCAUCAGACUGUGCUCCUACAGCCGGCAGACCAUGCUGUUCUCCGCCACCAUGACGGAGGAGGUGAAGGACCUGGCCGCCGUGUCCCUGAAGAAGCCGGUCCGGAUCUUCGUCAACAGCAACACCGACGUGGCUCCGUUCCUGCGGCAGGAGUUCGUCCGGAUCCGGCCUCACCGGGAGGGGGACCGCGAGGCCGUGGUGGCCGCCCUGCUGACCCGGACCUUCCAGGACCACGUCAUGCUGUUCACCCAGACCAGGAAGCAGGCUCACCGCCUCCACAUCCUGCUGGGCCUGCUGGGCCUGAAGGCCGGGGAGCUGCACGGGGAGCUGAGCCAGAGCCAGAGGCUGGACAACCUCAGGCGUUUCAAAGACGAGCAGAUCGACGUCCUGGUGGCCACGGACGUGGCGGCUCGAGGUCUGGACAUCCACGGAGUCAAGACGGUCAUCAACUUCACCAUGCCGUCCACACUGAAGCACUACGUCCACCGUGUGGGACGGACGGCUCGCGCCGGACGCUCUGGACGCUCGGUGUCUCUGGUGGGAGAAGCAGAGAGGAAGACGCUGAAGGACGUGGUGAAGACGGCCAGGACCGCCGUGAAGGCCAGGGUGCUGCCGCCAGACGUUGUCCUGAAAUUCCGAGAUUUAAUCUCUAAACUGGAGAAAGACGUUGAAGCUGUUUUGAAAAUGGAAAAAGAAGAACGAGAGCUGGCUGCUUCCGAGGCCAAGCUGAGUGUGGCUCAGAAGCGUCUGCAGGACUCGUCCUCCUCCAGCCAAUCACAGCGAGCCUGGUUUCAGACUCAACAGGAGAGGAAGCAGAGCCGCGUGUCCAAGGCUCUGCAGGAGUUUGAUUUGGCUCUGAGAGGGAAGAAGAAGAGAGAGAAGUUCGUGAAGGACGGUCGCAAGAAAGAGCUGACGUCUGAGGAGCGCGCUCAGUUCGAGAUCCUGAAGGCCCAGAUGUUUGCUGAGCGAGCAGCCAAGAGGGAGAGACGACCCAAGAGAGCCCGGGCCAUGAUGGAGGAGGACACUCCUGCUAAAGCAGCCAAUCAGAAGGCAGGAAAAGGAGGAAAGAAGUCUGUGUUUGAUAAAGAGCUGACCAACACCAGCAAGAAGAGUCUGAAACUCUACAGAUCUGGACCGUCUUUCGAGGACAGGAAGCGCCUGGGGCUGGACAGGAAGUCCAGGUUCCAGAAGAAGAAGAAGUGAGGCUUGUGACUGUGCGGAGUCACGUUGUCUUUGUGUGCCGACGGUGUGGGGUCGGGUGACGGUGAUGGAGCCGCGCCCGUUUGUGUCUGGAUGCGUUUGUAUCUCAUUUCCUUUGAAAAAUAAAAGCAUUGAAACAUU